GGGAAAUUUGGACUUCGAUUUCGACUUGCAUGUGAAGUUACAUUAUGAGCUUUAUACGGUCCUGGGUUUUUCCAGCAUAUUCGAUCGGGAAAAGCAGCCACCUCGGUCAAAACUCAAAAACUUCUGACCGCCACGUUAUCGGACCAGAGAUUUUGUACUGCACGGGCACUGCUGGCAAAUAAAGAAAUGGAAGUAAUUCGUAAAACAGGAGGACUGCAAAUGUGCCAGACAAUUUCCAAACAGGUCAAACAAGUCGUAGUUUCAAAGUCAGAUGGUGAUGAGGAGAGUCCCGAGUGCAGGUGAAACAGCGUGGAUAAUUACAGACAGCGCUGUGUCUACAGCGGCCUUGGCCAACAACAGAGCACAUAUCUGUGUGAGCAGCUGCACGAAUACUAACAAAACAUCCCAGAGGAGUCGCCUCACUGAUGAACACCUGCAGCCCGUCCUGAGAAUCGGAGAAAAGACACUAAGUAUCCAGAACUGACAAAAUGGCAUACGAAGCCAGAACGUUUGGAUUCAUCAUGAGUUGAACUUUUACUGGAAAGCACCAUUUUUCUGCAUAUUUUCCGUUUCCGGUUGUUUCAUGUCUUUUCUUUGUAUAAAAGUACCGUAUUUUCACAACUCAAAAGUCUUGCAUUUUCUCCAAAAUGGACGGGGCGCCUUUUGUGUGCACCGAGUUCCAAAAUCUAUAAAUGUUGUUGUGGGAUGAGCGCUCCCUCCGCUUGACCGACUCGGAGCAUUUCCUGCCGCGAACGUGGCUGAGGACAGCAUGCGGACGUAAAGGGGGGAGGGUGCGCGUGAAGGAGGACGCUAAAGACACGCCCCCAGUAGGUAUAUAGCCCCGGUAUGUGCAUCGUUUGGCUAAGGACCCCCGAAAAUGGCACCUACGAAGAGACACACUUACGAAGCACAGUUGAAACUGCAAGCUGUCAGUUACGCGGAUGAACAUGGGAAUCGAGCAGCCGCGAGAGAAUUCAAGAUCGACGAAUCCACGGUUCGCAAGUGGAGGAAGCAGGAAAACGAGCUUCGCCGAGUCAAGAAGACGAAGCGGAGUUUCCGCGGAAACAUGGCGAGGUGGGCCGGGUUGGAAGACCAACUCGAGCAAUGGAUUAGCCGGGAGAAGCGUCUCUCCACUCACCAUUCGACUGAGGGCAAUAACGCUUGCAGAAGAAAUGAAAAUCCAACAUUUUCGUUUUAUGAAACGGCGCCAUCUAUCCCUCCGGGCAAGGACUACCGUGGCGCGGCAACUUCCGAUGGAUUACAAGGAACAGCUGGCCAUCUUCCGCUGCGACUGCAGUAAAAAGAUGGCCGACAAACGCAUCCGGCCCGACCACAUCACCGACACGGACGAGGUGCCGCUCACUUUCGACAUCCCGGUGAACCGCACUGUAGAGAAGAAGGGGACCGCCACGGUGGCGAUACGCACAACGGGGCACGAGAAGUCGGCUUUUACUGUUGUGCUUGGUUGCCGUGGUAUUGGACAGAAACUGCUGCCGAUGGUGAUGUUUAAGAGGAAGACGCCGCCUCAGGAAAAGUUUCCAGCCGAAGUCAUCGUGCAGGCCAAUCAAAAGGGCCGGAUGGACGAGGGGAAAAUGAGAGAGUGGCUGAGCGAGGUGUACGUAAAGAGACCGGAUGGGUUUUUUCCACGCGUCACCGUCCCCGUUGAUCUGUGACUCCACGCGCGCCCAUCUCACAGCCACUGUGAAAAAUCAAGUGCAGCAAAUGAACUCGGAGCUUGCCAUCAUUCCGGGAUCCUUGACGAAGGAACUCCAACCGCUGGACCGGUGUAAACAGGGCGUUCAAAGUCAAGUUGCGAGCGGCGUGGGAGCGAUGGAGGACAGAUGGCGAACACAGCUUUACUAAGACUAGGAGGCAAGGCCGGGCGAGUUACGCCACCCUAUGCGAACGGAUUGUGGAUGCUUGGGCCGAGGUAUCCGCUUUGACCGUUGUCCGAGCUUUCGUGGAAGCCGGCGUCAUUCCCGAACAGCCCCCCCCCCCCCCGGCAACGAGACCGACUCCGACAAUGACGAGAGGGAACCCGGCGUGUUUGUUGGAGAACUUGCCCGGCCGGCUGUUCAUUUGGGAUACAGAACAUGAGGACUUUGAUGGAUUUGUGGAGGAGGAUUAAUCAAAAAAAUAACGCGAGUAACAUUGUUAAAUACUUCAAUAAAGUACAACCGAACUCAGUUUUGCUCCCGCUGCCUUUUUAAAGACAUUGUUUUAGCGUGCAUGCAUGCUAGCAUAUGUUUUAAGCUAGCGCAUGUUUUACCAUGCCUAUGCCUAAAUACAGAAAGAGACCCCGUAACUGAGACUACGCCUUUUCAUACGGUGCGAACUCAUUGUCGUGAAAAUACGGUAGGCUCCCCAGACGGCAAGAAGUAUUUCCCACAGCAAGUGUUUUUUUUUGAGGACAACAGCAUUUUAUAAGGCUCCCAGCUGCAGCAACCUUCGGGAACAUUUGGGAAACAUUGCCGCAAAGCCGGAAGCGUUUCUUCUUCUUUGGUUUCGUGAGAUCACCUGAUCACGAGAGAUUUUAAGUUUGGCCUUUGAACAAACUCUUUGUGUGUGUGGUGUUCUGUGUUGUUAUUAUCAGAGCACACCACACACAAUACGACCAAAACUGUUAAAUGCCAGAUGUUGCAUCUUUCUUUGUGGAGUCUGUCACAGAUAAAACAACUGCUCUAAGUGCUAGAGGACUCUGCAUCUUUUUGCCCAAUUGUUUUUUGUCAAUGUCUUUAUGUCUCCAAAGUGUUCUGUAAAUUGACCGUCUGUUGUCGUACUCGAGCGGCUCCGACUACAGGAGACAAAUUCCUUGUGUGUUUUGGACAUACUUGGCAAAUAAAGAUGAUUCUGAUUCUAUCCAGCAGAUUUCCAUCGGGA